AAUUAUCAUUUUCGAAUCUGAGAGUAAAUAGAGAUGAAUGUAUUGAUAAACGUCACCUUGUCUUAAGAGAGAUUUACAUGGUUAUCAAAACGUCACGCCAGGCAAAUGGUGAUGAGCCUUCGUGUUUCAGAGCUACAAGUGUUACUAGGCUACGCAGGACGCAACAAACACGGCCGCAAACACCAACUGUUGACCAAAGCCCUGCACCUCCUUAAGGCCGGCUGCAGCCCCGCUGUCCAGAUGAAGGUGAAGGAGCUGUACAGACGCCGCUUCCCCGCCAAGAUGCUGUCUCCGGUGGAUCUGGCCCUACCCAGUGUCCACUCCACCUCCAGCCUGCCCGGAGGCCUCACCUCGCUGGGGUUCGACAGCCACGGAUCCCCCUCGCCUGGCUCUCUGCUGGUGCCCAAACAGGAGCUGGGCCUUCACCCCGUACACCCUGACGUGAAGCUCCAGAGGCUGCCCUUCUACGACAUGUUGGAUGAGCUCAUCAAACCCACCAGCCUGGCCUCAGACAACAGUCAGCGGUUUCAGGAGACGUGUUAUGCCUUUGCGUUGACGCCCCAGCAGGUCCAGCAGAUCAGCAGCUCCAUGGACAUCUCUGGGACCAAGUGUGACUUUGCGGUGCAGGUUCAGUUAAGGUUUUGUUUGUCAGAGACGAGCUGUGCCCAGGAAGACCAUUUCCCGUCCAACCUGUGUGUGAAAGUCAACAGCAAGCCCUGCAACCUCCCGAGCUACCUUCCUCCAACCAAAAACGGAGUGGAACCCAAACGGCCGAGUCGCCCCAUCAACAUCACGUCACUGGUCAGACUGUCCACCACAGUACCCAACACUAUCGUGGUGUCGUGGACCUCAGAGAUAGGCAGGAGUUUCUCCAUGGCAGUCUACCUGGCGAGACAGCAGACAUCCACAACCCUGCUACAGAGACUACGAGCCAAAGGCAUCCGCAACCCAGACCACUCCAGAGCUCUCAUCAAAGAGAAGUUAACAGCAGACCCUGACAGUGAGAUUGCGACCACCAGUCUACGAGUCUCUCUACUCUGUCCGCUGGGGAAGAUGCGUCUGAUGAUCCCGUGCAGAGCCUUGACGUGUUCCCACCUCCAGUGUUUCGACGCUACGCUUUACAUCCAGAUGAAUGAGAAGAAACCCACGUGGGUGUGUCCUGUCUGUGAUCAGAAGGCCCCCUACCAACACCUCAUCAUCGACGGGUUGUUCAUGGAGAUCCUGAACAGCUGUGAGGACUGUGAUGAGAUCCAGUUUAAAGAGGACGGGAACUGGUAUCCCAUGAGGUCGAAGAAGGAGGUCACAGAGGUAUCUGCUUCAUUCAACGGCGCUGAUGAGUCGUGUCGGACAGUAGAAUCGGAGCACCACAGGAACAGCUCAUCCCACAGCAGUACCAAUAAGUUGGUGGUGAUUGAUCUGACUCUGGACAGCUCUUCAGACGACGAUCUGGACGACGAGCCUCCUCUCAAGAGGGCCUGUCCCUCCUCCUCCUCCUUGUCCCCUGCCUCACCGCCUAUCAGCAAGGGCGUGUUGAACCUCCACAGCCAGGUAUCUCCGGUGGCAAGAGCUCCCAGCAUGCCUCCUGUUGAGACCAGCUAUAUCCCCCCUCCACCCCCCCUCAUACAGGACUACAGCCACUACUACCACACCCCUAAUGACCUGGACCUCAACUUCUUCUCAUUCCUCCAGGGAGACAACCAUCAGCAUUACAACAUGGUGAUGGCCGCAGCUGCGGCGGCCUCAGCCUCCGAUGACCACGACUUGCUCCUGAACCGCUUCCUGCCCUAUAGCUCCUCCCAGAUGUUCCUGGACCAAUCAGGGACCCCUGGCGGUGUGAGCAGUGCCCUGGCAGCAGCCAACGGGGGCAGCAACAGCGGUAGCAGCUCAGUCUUGGUGUCGUCAAGUAGUUUGAGAGAGAGGGAUCGGAUAGAGAAAGGGACAGCAGUCGAACGCAGCGGCGACAGUCAUAUAUGGCUCCAUACCAGACGUGAUCUCACUAGACUGAAGGGAAGGGGCUUAUGUCCGUACAGAACUGGGGGGAAAAAACAACUGGAGGAGAAAGAAUAGAAACCAGAGUUUUGUUUUGUAAAUAGAAAACUAAAGGGAAAGAAACAGUGCUAUGUACAGAGAGGAAAAAAAUAUCUAUUUUUAAAUGUUACCGUAAACAAAAUCCUGAUGAUGAGGGAGUAACUUUACUUGUUUAUUUUUUUUUCUUUUUUUCUUCUUCUGUGGGAUUACCGGAGGCUUUAAAAAACAACAGCCUCUUCACGUUUUCCUCGUUUUGAUUAUAUUAUAUAUGACCUUUUUUGUACUUCGUUAACACUGUUUUUAUUUCAACGUUUUCCCCCGUCAACGGCAUUAUUUCUGGUCUCAAAACGUGUGUUUUUACUGCCGCUUUUGGCGCCAAAAGAGAAUCUGUCCGUUUUUUUUCUGUUUUCGUCAUCACUGUGGAUUGUAUUUUCUGUCGAACAUUCUGUGGUCAAAUUCUAUUGUAUUUUUUAAUUAUUUUCAAGGCAUUAUUUAUGAUGCUUUUUAAGUUAUGUUAGAUCAAUGUGUGCUGUUU